AACCUAUGAAUCUAAACAAAACCACACACCACACUGCACAGCGAAAUGUCAAAGACAUGGAAUGAAUUAGGAAUUUCUUUGCAUGAAGAGGUGAAAAACGCAAUAAAAUCUUUGAAUUUUCCGAAUGCUACACCUGUGCAGACAUACACAAUACCACAAUUAUUGAAUAAAAAAGAUGUAGCUGCUGAAGCAGUAACAGGAUCUGGAAAAACGUUAGCAUUUUUAAUUCCCUUACUAGAAAUAUUGAAGAGAAGGGAAGCUGAAGAAAAAUGGACAAAACACCAAACAGCAGCAGUUGUAAUUUCUCCCACAAGAGAACUUGCUCUACAAACUAAUUCUGUGUUGGAUUCAUUAUUGAAACACGUUUCUAAUAUAACACAAAUUUUAUUUGUUGGUGGUAACAGUGUGGAUGAUGAUGUCAAGAAUUUCAAAAACAAUGGUGGGAACAUUAUCAUUUGUACUCCAGGUCGUUUUGAGGAUUUGCUCACUAGAAGACAAGAUCUCAACUUGGCAAAUUCCUUGAAGAAUUUGGAAAUAUUAAUUUUGGAUGAAGCAGAUAGACUUCUUGACUUAGGUUUUGAAAAGUCUGUCAACACCAUCUUGAGCUAUUUACCUAGACAGAGACGUACAGGUCUAUUUUCAGCCACACAAACCAAAGAAGUGGAAGAUUUGAUAAGAGCUGGUUUGCGAAAUCCUGUUUUAGUCAGUGUUUCAGCCAAGGCUGCUCAGAGUACCCCAGAACUACUGAAUAAUUAUUAUAUUGUAACAAAAGACAAUGGAAAACUGGCUACUUUAAUAUCAUUUCUUGAACAAAAAAGUGUUCAGAAAGCCAUGCUCUUUUUACCAACAUGUGCUACCGUGGAUUACUGGUCAAAUAUAUUUCCUCAUAUUAUUCCGAAAAAAUUGGAGUUGUCUGUUCUUGCUAUCCAUGGUAAAAUGAAAGCCAAACGUAACAAAAUAAUGGAAAAAUAUCGAACCAUUGAAAAGGGACUGUUACUGUGUACAGAUGUGAUGGCUAGAGGAAUAGAUAUUCCAGAGGUGGAUUGGGUUUUGCAGUGGGACCCGCCAGCUUCGGCUAGUGCUUUUGUACACAGAGUUGGUAGGACUGCUAGACAAGGACAGCAAGGUUCCUCGCUCCUUCUUUUAUUAGAAAACGAAGAAGCCUAUGUGCCCUUCAUAAAAAACAAUCAACGUGUAGAACUUAAUCCCUUGGAAGAUGGCAGCACAAAUGAAAAGAUUGACGAACUGAGAGAAUAUAUUAGGAAUAUCCAUAGAUCAGACAGGGCUAUUAUGGAAAAAGCCACACAGGCCUUUGUAUCUCAUGUGAGGGCAUAUUCAAAGCAUGCAUGCUCAUUGUUAUUUAAAAUUAAACCAACUUACGUUGUAUGUUCCCAAUACUUAGUUGAAACACUACAUAAACCUUUUCAGGAAUUACCAUUGGGUGCUGUGGGUGCAACAUACGGUCUUUUGAAAUUACCAAAAAUGCCUGAACUGAAGAAUAGAGAUUUGAGUGACUUUCCAGAAAUUCCUGAUCUAGAUUUAAAUACUAUUCCAUACAAGGACAAAACUAGAGAAAAAAUACGAAUACAGAAACUAGGUCAAUAUAAAAUUACAGGUUCGUGGCCAGGCCACAAACACAAAUUCAUCAAGAAAGACACAGAGUCUUGGUCAAUAUCCAAACAGAAGAAGGAUGACAGAAAAGAGAAAAGGGGUAAGAGGAAACAAAGUAAACAAGCCAAAUUAGCCAGUGGAGAGCCCAUUAAGAAGAAAAAGAGAAAAGGUAUGACAGAUGAAGAUCUUGCAGAGCUUAAGAAAGAUGUGGCUUUAUUGAAAAAAUUCAAGAAAAAGAAGAUAACAUCAGAAGAUUAUGAAAAAGAAAUGGGUUUGAUUUGAUACAAGUGUAAAUAUAUUUCACGUUAUUUUAUAAAAUAUCAGACAAUAAAUUGUUAAAAAAUUAAGAAUAUACACACAUUUUAAUACAAAAGUUAGUUUUAUAAUCAAUAUUCAGGAAGAAUCAAUAAAAACGUUAUUAUUCAACGUUAAAUUCUAAUAGGGAUUCAUAAUUGAUAUAUUACUCUAACUGUCCUAUAACGAUAAAAUUUAUUAAUGAUUACUGCUGUGUAUUACCCCACAUCCUUAGGGCUGUAAAGGCGGAAUUAAAUUUCUCACACCACUCUAUUCGCUCUUCUUUUGUAUCUGCAGAUAAUAAAUGU